CCCCACCGCAGCCAGUCGUGCUCCGAACGCCGCAUUGUGAGCAUCUGGAAAAGCGAGACGCGAGCGUCGUCCCUUUUUCCCUCCGUCUCUCUCUCUCUCUCUCUCUCUCCUUUUCACUCACUCUCUUUCUGUCUGCAGUACACACGAGCAACGAUAUUAUUAAUCGCGUCCGUGCGUGUGUAGAUGUGACGGUCUGAUCUCUGGCGGCGACGAGAGGAUGUGUGAAAAUACAGUAAGAUUGGCCGGGCGCUAAACGAAAGCCCCUAGAGAGCCAUCGGCACGCUCCACACAUGGAUUAUAACUUUGCUCCGCGACGACGGUACAACCGCGGGCCAGAUAUUUGUUGUGUGCAGUCGACAUGAUGAAAAGACGACGCAGUGUAUGCUGAGGGAACACGCGUACCUACAUUAUAGGUAUACACACACACACACGCACACACACACACACAUGUUAUUCCGCUGCUGCUCGCGAGUAUAGUGCGAGGAAAAGGGACAUUGCUGGAUUAGAGAAAUUUACUCGUGUAUGCAGUAUAGACGAAUGUCCGAGCAUCGAGCAGAGCUGCAGGCUCGGCGCAGGAUUGUAAACAAAGGAAAUCGUCGGUCCUUAUCGGGAAAGCCCGCGCACGUGUAAAAAGUUUAGUUGCAGGGCGCUUCGAUAUGUCGCCUCGAUCGAUUCGCGCUUAAAUUGACGUAUCUCGGAUCUAGUUUAGCGGAGACACGAAGAGAAGGCUUGAGUACGCUGAUAAUCGUUCGUUGCAUAUCUUUGCUUUGUCGAGCAGGAGAGUCGAGCGGAGGCUGCUUCGAAUGUUUUUAUUAUUUUAAAUGAGUAAGAUACGUUGAAAUUCGCGGAUUAUUCCAAGAAAACAGGGAAAACCUAACCUCCACUCCUCUCUCCGAUGCGCGAUGAAAGUGUACUUGUUGCACGCAAUCCACAAGGCAAACAUAUGCCAAUCUGCUUUGCAUCGGCAAUUUGAUCGAGUGGCUGUAUCGAAAAGCAGCAAAGGCAAGCUUCUCUCCGCGUCCCGCAAUUAGAAUCCGUCUAUAUAACACAGCUGGAAUUGAAUCAAGCGCCCCAGAAGUGUUCGGGAUAACUCGAGAUGGGAAGCAAGGAGGAAAGCAGGUCCUUAGAGGCCUCGACGUCGAGGAAGCUCCGCUACAAGGAUAGCCUGCAGGAUGAUCAGCAAAGUCGCGGCUGCGGCAGUGCAAUUAACUGGACAAUGUGUGUGCUGUGCAUGAGCAGUUUAGUUGUUUCCGGCUUGCUGGCCUACAGGGAACUACGGCUCGAGGAGCGUAUCAGCGCCUUGGAAAAUUUGUGCCAGCUGCCAGGCCAGUACCAGCAGCAGCAACAACAGAAUCCCUCGGACGUGAUCAUCGAGAGGCUCAAGCGUGAGCUCCAACAGCAGAUAGACGACGUUCAGAAGAAGCUGGCCCUAGCACCCGAGGGACCCACAGGCAUAUUCAGGCUCAAGAGGGAUGUCGCCGACUGCAAUUGUCCGCCAGGUCCUCCAGGCAGUCCAGGCCCGGCGGGAAAACGGGGCAAAAAGGGUAAAAAGGGUGAUCCUGGCGAUCCAGGUGCACCGGGUCGUAAGGGCGAGAGCGGUGAUGUUGGACCAGCGGGCCACAGCGGAGUGCGCGGCUAUCCCGGCUUUCCGGGACCCAUCGGAAUGGAUGGACCCAAAGGUGACCCGGGUCGGCCAGGAGACAAAGGACAAAAGGGUGAGCUCGGAAGUCCAGGAUUCGACGUUUUCUCCGCAGUCAAGGUCAAUGCACAGGGAUUAGGGUUAAAGAGGUCGGUGACAACGCUACGCGGCGGGACACUGGGAUAUGCCGAAAUCGUCGCGCUGAAGGAACUUCAGGCGAUGGGACAUAAUAUCACCAACCAGCAGAUCAUAACUCUCAAAGGCGAGCAAGGCGAGCCAGGCCCACCAGGACCCCCAGGUCCUGCAGGAGUCGAAGGAGUUCCCGGUCACGAUGGCAGCCAAGGCCCACCAGGAGCAAUCGGACCCGCAGGCGAGAAGGGAGCUCCGGGCCCCGUGGGACCCAUUGGGCCUCAAGGCCCACCCGGAUCCGCCGGACUCAAGGGCGACAAGGGCGACAAGGGCGAGCGAGGACUGACGACGUCGAUAGACGGCGAGCCCUUCGCCACCGGAGUCUUCGAGGGACCGCCAGGCCCGCCUGGUCCACCUGGGCCCCAGGGCGACAGGGGCGACGUCGGCCCGGCUGGACCACCCGGUCCGCCUGGAGAGCGGGGCGCGCGCGGCAAGCAGGGAAAGAAGGGUGAUCGAGGCGCCACCACGACGACGAGUUUGCUGAGGGGCGCGAAGGGCGAGCCCGGCGAGCGGGGAUUUCAAGGGCCCAGGGGCGAGCGAGGCCCACAAGGACCGAAGGGAGACGCCGGUCCCCCGGGUUCGCCAGGAGCGGAUGGACUCAACGGCGAAGUUGGCAUUCAGGGCCCACCUGGAUUACCUGGACUUUCCGGACCGAAAGGUGAAAAAGGUGAUUACGGCGAUAUCGGCCCACCUGGACUCAUGGGUCCUCCUGGUUUACCUGGUCCACCGGGUUAUCCUGGUCUCAAGGGCGACAAAGGAGAUAAAGGAGAAUCGCAGAAGUACAGAAAGGCGCUAAGGCGAAGACAGGGUGACAGUACGUUCGAAGUUAACGCUGGCGAAAUGAGCGGUUCAUACAUAAUGGGCCCUCCCGGACCGCCAGGGCCAGCUGGCACGCCAGGACUGCAAGGGCCACCUGGCAUCAAAGGCGAUCGGGGUCACGACGGUGCCAAGGGUGAUCCCGGUGAAAAGGGCACUAAAGGAGAUCCUGGUCCAAUGGGACUGCCCGGACCAAUGGGCUUACGAGGAGAAUCAGGAAGGCCAGGAGAAGGGAAACCAGGAGCCAUGGUUGGCGCGUGGUGAUGAUCCGACUAACGACUAACAUGGGAUAGGUACUACAAAGAUAACCGACAAUAACCUAUCUAACGCAGACCGUCCGGGACUUUGCGGACAAGCGCAAAGAACCUGGCUUAAAAUGCGUCUUGAGUCUAUUCUCUAAGCACGCGUUUUAUUAAUAAGUCCACCCACACGUCUAAAUAAAAGCGACUCCUCGAAUGCGUCAGAUAUAUUUUGUCACGAACUUCAUAAUCGUAUAAAUGUACAAUUCGCGCCAAUUUUCAAUGGACCGUUGUAAAACUUGCAGGAAUCGGCACGUCUGUAAAACCACAUACCGCCAAAUAUAAACAUUUAAUUGGUGUAUUAGACUGCAAGAAAUCAUGAAAGACAAAUAUUUUGCAAUACUCAUGUUUUUUAAUAGUUGAUUGUUAAUUAAUUUAGUACUGUAAAAAACCACAGAAAGAUUAAUUUACAUCAUUUGCCAUCACCAUAUCAUCUGAUAAUGUACAGCAAAUUUUUAUUUUUUUAUUUCACGAGGUUAAACCAUACUUUCUUAGACGUUUUAAUGAACGAAGAUAAUUGUUGGUGAUAAACAUGAUAUAUUACUUCAUAACGUGCGUAUGUUGAACAAUAAUGUUGCAAAACGGCCUUAAAAUUUUACUCGUUCUUAUUAUAAAAUAAUUAUUAUUUUCAGCAAUAAUGAAUUUUGAUUUUACUUUGUGCGCAAAACCGGAUUUGGCACACGCUACGUCAAAGCAUCGUAUGCUAAAUCAAGAUUUGCAUUCGUCAUGUAGAAAAAUACGGUUCGAAACAGGGGCGAGAUAUGAUUUCGGCAUUACAUGACCUUUUCACACUUCAAGGCUAAAGUUCUCAUUCUCGUAUACUUGUAUCGAAAUGUACUAUUUUAUUCUAAUCGUGUUCUUUUGUUAUUAUAUUUAUUUUUAAAAAACUUACAAACGUAAAAGUAUUUAUUUUUGUUGACGACUAGAGUAGAGUUAGAUUUUUAUACAAUCAUGUGAACAUUCAUCGGGUUUAUUAGAAACGUAUGAUCAAAGUGAAUACUUGCUAAUUAUCAUUUUCAUUCAAAGUAUGACAUUCUAAAUGACAUGCCGAUCUCUGCAAUUAAGCGAUUUCAUGGAGACGUCAAAACCGAUAUUAGAAACAAAUUACUCGUACGUUCUUUAACACAGUACUGUAUAAGAUUUUAUGCAAAGAAACAACUAGUAGUGAUCCUGUAAAAUACUCGAACUUGAAAGUUGCGACGAUUAGUUUAGCUCAUUUCUUGCGUUUAAUUUUUAUAAACAUAUCAUCUAAGUCAAUUCAAUUCCUAUACAACAAAUUCAAUAUAUAUUUCAUCUGCAUUUAAACGAUCGUCGCAAAGUUUUAAGCUGGAGCAUUACUGGUUUCAACGAUCUAAUUCGCGCAUAAGAAAAAACUCAUAGUGUUUUUAUACGCUUGCCAAAGUCCAUAUAUUUUCAAAAUCCUCGAAAGAGCACCUUACAGAUAUGGUAUUGAUACACGAAUGAAACAUGCGACUUCUUGUCAGUUUUCACAAUGUGUGACUUCUAUGCAUUGCAAAAAAAUCUUGAAAUAAAUUACGGAAUUGUAAUUCAUAUUACAAAACGUCACCAGUACCGUGAUUGUAAACGGUUUCUUGAUCAGAAAUAUCAUUUUAUUUUCUGGAACUAAAAAUUUGUCCGUUUUCUAACAACUAUUUUGCUCUUUGAUGAUCUUUAAAAAUGUAAGAAUAAAUAAACAUUGAAAAAAUCAUUGUUUGCCUGGCCUUAGAAAGACAUGUACUUGCAACAAUUUUACUUUUAAUGCUAUUUAAAAAUAGAAUGUAGGUUUAUCCGAUAACGAAUUGGUUGAUAAUAAUCGUACAAUCGAUACGAUAGUCUGUUAUAGUCAACAUUCCUGAAUUUGUAGCUGUGGACAUAUACAUGUGUCAUUCAAAGUUCGAACGUAACUUGUGUAAAAAUAGAAUACUUUUAACUUGUAAGAUUUUGAAUUUGUAUAGUUUAACUUUUUGUACAAAAUAACACAAGUACAAAUAUAAGUUGUAAGUGUAUAGUUUUGUAUGUAUAUUGCAAAGCACUCGUUGACAAUUUAUUCUUCAAGUAUGAUAGAAUACUUUCCAAUGCAUCUAAAAAUAUACAUUCUUUUAAGUUUUUUUUUACUUUUUAAUAAUACUGCAUUUUUACAAUGCAACAUUUUCCAUACAAAAAACUGUUAUAAUGUGAAUAAGACAUUUUUUUGAGGUACUAAAAUACUCUUUUCAUUGUUUGAGUGAUAUCAAUUUAUAAAUAAUUAUACAAACUCGAAACAGCAAUCUCAGGAAUGAGGACUACACCUUUUCCUAUCUUGUACGCAUUAAAAGAAAUACACAAAAAUUCAUUACAUAUACCUUAAACUUCUUUUUAGGGAAUAAUUGUGAGGAUAUAUUUAUACAAAAUUAACGAAAAAUUGUUCGAAAUAUUCAGACCUUUCCUUGUCGGUGGAUAUUGGCUACAUAUUCAUAGAUUAAAUAAAAAAUAAAAUGAAAACAGUAAACACAUGAUAAGCUUUUAAUGUGCCUAACAUCUACUAAAAAUGUUUAUAUAUAUAUAUAUAUAUAUAUAUAUUUCUGUGCAAAUAUUUCGUUAGUGCGUAGAUAUCCUCACCGACCGUGCAAGAAAGAUCACAAAAAAUGCAUAAUCCUCAGUAAAUAAAGGCGUUGAAAGAUUCUAACAUAUUCGGUUCAUUAGUUUCGGAAAUGAUUUUUCCAAUCUUAUUUAUGAAUUUUUUUCUAUUCUGUGUUUCAUUUAUACCGCAUUUAAUUGAUAUUAUUCAAUCACAUAUCAAAUGCCAUAUAUUAGUCGAUUGUGCCAAAAGAACAAGAUGUUAGCGAGUAAAUAUUCAUUUGUAGAAUAGUUGCACCGCAUCAAUCAACUAGUUCGUGGUCAAGUUUUACUUUAGAAGAAUCAACGAAAAUUUAAUAUCGAUACAUAAGGAAUGCUUAGUGGAGCAAUUUCGCUUCGUUUGCACGAUGUACUUCAAAUUCCUAUGACAUAUCAGUUUUAGUACUGCGCUAGUUUAAAAUAUUUAAAGUAUUAAUUGAAGCUUGCAUAAAGAUUGUAAAACAGUGCCAAAAUAGUAUUGUCAAAAUCUUUUGCACUAGCUUUGUCAACAAUGUUUUUGCACUGUUAGAAGAUUAAAAUUUUAAUUUUCUCCUGUAUAGUAAAUGAUUCCCUGAACUCACAAGUAACGUAUGAUCGAAGAAAUAUUUUGCAAGUAGUUUGCGUAAAAUUCUAUAUUGUUAUUCGGGAAUAAAAUAAACUGAUUGUUAUAAACUAAUUUCUCGAACUUCAAACAAGACUUGCAGUAUUUACAAAUUUGAAACUUGCCCGCUCGUUUUAUUUUUAAGAAUGAAUACAUUUUUCAAACUAUUUGCAAAAGCUCAAAUUUGUAUAACAGCAUAUCUAAUCGCGUGAAUCGUUGUUAAAAUUUUUAUACCAAUGAUUUAUAUGACUUUGUUAUGAAAAUAAAAUUAUCGUAAACUUUAUUUGUGUUCAGUAGCGUUUACAAAAAUUGCCAAAAAUGAACGCUAUGCAUGUUAUACAUUUUUUAACUAACGCUCGGCUCCAGCGUUCCACGUUCGCCAUUGUAUUAUAAAUAUAUUAAUUUAAUCGAAAAAAUCCUUCAAAAAGAAAUCAUUUUGUAUUUAAAUAGCGUCUCAUCGAAAAGCUCGAUAAUUUCUGAAAAGCGUACUACGCGUGCCAAUAAAAAAUGCGCAACAGGGACGAAAAGUGCAUAAGAAUCAUCGCUGCACUGUCGGCACUGAAAGUACCAGCCGCAUUAAGACUUUGCUUGUACAUAUACAAAAGAAGAAAUGGAAGAAUCGAUAUAAUUAAAGAAAAAAAGUAAAGAAAGAACCUUGUAUGCAACUGUAAUUUUAACUGUAGGUUAAGUACUUAAUCGACUAGGCUAGAAGUAUUUGAAUUUCGCAUAAAAAGCAGAGAGUAAAUGAAGCGAGGAUAAAUCGUUAGUAUGGAAGCUAAGCAUCAUCGGGGUUUGAGAGUCCCGAGCUUGUAAAAUACAGGACUUAAGCGCGAUGUAAUCAAACUAUUUUAUCGACGUAGCUUAGGCGUAGCCUUAAGGAUUUAAUGUUAAUCUAAGAGAGAAUCGCAAAACGAAGAAUACAGAAAAAAAAAACAUGAAAAAAAGCAUAGCCACCUCGGGGCUGCAGAUUAUGAUCCUCGAGAGCUUAUAGAUAUACGAUGAAUACAUGACGUAUAUAUGUUUGUUAAUUAAACAAUAUUUAAGUGAUGGAUAAAAAACGCAAACAUUUUGGCGACUCUGAUGCGAAGAUAUCCGACGACGUCCCUCGUUAUGGAAAAUGAUCAGAAAAAAUAAGAAAUAUGAAAAAAAAAGUCAAAGAAAAUCAAGAGAGCGCUCUUAUUAACUUUUGUUUCAAACUAUGUCCUCAUUAAUAAACAGAAUGUGCAUGUG